AUGGCGGCUGUGGUUGCUGUUUGCAGCGGCCUAGGAAGGAAAAAAUUGAUGCACUUCAUAACGGCUGUUGUCUGCCUCACAGACCCCAGACUUCACGCAGUGCUGUGGAGAAGUUGUUCACAAUAUAAACAAGUAACCAGCAAUGAGGACCUGUCCCUGUGGGCAGAAACAAAAAGAAAAUCACAAAAGCAAUUAAGAGAGCUCAAAUAA